AUGAAUGCUGUUUAUUAUGCACAUCAUGGGUCGCAGGCAGUUUUAGUGACAGCUGUUGAAGGCCACAGAGGAGAUGCACAUCAUGGGUCGCAGGCAGCUUUAGUGACAGCUGUUGAAGGCCACAGAGGAGAUGCACAUCAUGGGUCGCAGGCAGCUUUAGGGACAGCUAUUGAAGGCCACAGAGGAGAUGCACAUCAUGGGUCGCAGGCAGCUUUAGUGACAGCUGUUGAAGGCCACAGAGGAGAUGCACAUCAUGGGUCGCAGGCAGCUUUAGGGACAGCUAUUGAAGGCCACAGAGGAGAUGCACAUCAUGGGUCGCAGGCAGUUUUAGUGACAGCUGUUGAAGGCCACAGAGGAGAUGCACAUCAUGGGUCGCAGGCUGGAUGGCUGCCUGUGACAGCUGUUGAAGGCCACAGAGGAGAUGCACAUCAUGGGUCGCAGGCAGCUUUAGGGACAGCUAUUGAAGGCCACAGAGGAGAUGCACAUCAUGGGUCGCAGGCAGCUUUAGGGACAGCUAUUGAAGGCCACAGAGGAGAUGCACAUCAUGGGUCGCAGGCAGCUUUAGGGACAGCUAUUGAAGGCCACAGAGGAGAUGCACAUCAUGGGUCGCAGGCGGCUUUAGGGACAGCUAUUGAAGGCCACAGAGGAGAUGCACAUCAUGGGUCGCAGGCAGCUUUAGGGACAGCUAUUGAAGGCCACAGAGGAGAUGCACAUCAUGGGUCGCAGGCAGCUUUAGGGACAGCUAUUGAAGGCCACAGAAACAGAUGA